UGCGCGCUCCGCUGCGCGCUCUGGCUGCCUCUCAGCUGGGCAGGAGAGUGCAAACAGCUGGAGUCCUGUGAGAAGUGCCUGGAAGGAGACGCGUCGCAGAACACCACGGGCUGCGUGUGGAUGCGCUGCGGCGCUGCGGAGGAGCCAGGAGCUGGGGGCUGCAUUGGGAAGGGAGAACCCACCAAGGAGACAUGCACCAUCUACAAUGUCACGGCUGAGUGCCCAGCACGGAAAUCGCCCACCAAGGAGCCUCGGCGAGCGUCCACCAAGAAGCCAGAGAUCCUCACGCCAGGGACGACAGCCAGCCCCACGCUGACGCUCUUCGACUCGGCCAGCUUCGUGGGAGGCAUCGUCCUCGUGCUCAGCGUCCAGGCCGUCUUCUACUUCAUUGUCAAGUUCCUCAAGUCAAAGGACAGCACCUACCAGACAUUGUAAGCUCCCCCCUCCACGUGUACCCCGGCUGCCUUGGCCAAGCACGGCCCCGGGACCAGCUCUGCUCCCGAGCCCUGCCGCGUGGGCUGUGAGAUGGGGCGUGGAGGGGGAGACACGGCCUGGGCCUGCUUGGCUGCCGCAGACCCAUCCCUAGCUGGACAUGGGACAGCUGGUAGAUCCACCCUGGGGGGCAGGACGUAGCACUGUCCAGCUCCCAUCUGCCCACCUGUGUGGACUGCGCUGACUGGUACCUGUCUACAGCCACCGUGGCCACGUCCCUCCCCCACUUAGCUACGCAGUCGUGCACAGCUGGGGCCUCGUGGACGCUCGCUGCACCCGCGUCCCUGAGCACGUCUGAGAUCCUUGUGUGUCUGUCGCUGCAGCUGAAUGUGGCGCCUUUUCCGGGCUCCUCUGGCUUGCUUGCGGCUGUGCAUUGUUGAUUCUUCGUGCUCGCUGUGUGAGCUUCGUGCUCAGGCCCCUGUCUGACCCUUCCUGCGUUCUCCCCCCCUCUCCACCCAUACGCAGUCUGCCCUUGCCCCUGUGCGGAGGCCCGGUCUCCCGCGUUCCCCGGGUUAGCUCACGCUCUCCCUGUGAGCAAUAAACCCCAACUCGCCCUCUGGUGGAGACUCUCGUCCCUAUUUCUCGUCGGGUUGCUUCGCCUCCUGGCCCAUCUGUCUGGUGGGUUUGUCUCUGGUGCCUGCCAGCUGGCUUCUCCCCUUCCCCGCAUGGUUCUCCUCUCUCCUGCAGAGGCAGGAUCCGGGGCCCCAGGCCCACCGGCUGCC